CUUGACGCCUGAUUUGUCUUGAUCAAAAGCCAGAUCUUUAUCCGAUUCAGUCACCAAACUCUAACUUAGUUUUUCAUUUCCACAAGCUCAUCAAACGCUCUGGGUGAAAAAACAAAACUUGGGUUGUUGUUGUUGUUAAGCUAUGGCUAAGAAGAUUGGAGUGACGAUGGAAGUUGGGAACGAUGGUGUUGCUGUGAUCACCAUCUCGAACCCUCCUGUUAACUCUUUAGCAAGUCAAAUUAUAUCUGGUUUGAAGGAGAAGUUUCAAGACGCUAAUCAGAGGAGUGAUGUUAAGGCCAUCGUGUUGACCGGGAACGGUGGAAGAUUUUCGGGUGGUUUCGACAUCAAUGUCUUCCAGCAAGUUCACAAGACUGGGGAUAUAUCGCUUAUGCCUGAAGUAUCCGUUGACCUUGUGUGCAACCUGAUGGAAGACUCUAGGAAGCCGCUUGUUGCUGCAGUUGAAGGACUAGCUCUUGGUGGUGGUUUAGAACUGGCAAUGGCGUGUCAUGCUCGAGUGGCUGCUCCAAAAGCUCAACUAGGCUUACCAGAGCUGACACUUGGGAUUAUUCCUGGUUUUGGAGGAACCCAACGUCUUCCUAGAUUGAUAGGCCUUGAGAAAGGAACUGAUAUGAUACUGCUUUCAAAGUCGAUAUCCUCAGAGGAGGGGCAGAAACUGGGUCUUAUUGAUGCGUUAGUGCCGCCUGGAGAUUUGUUGACCACGUCCAGGAAGUGGGCUCUAGACAUUGCAUGUGGACGUAAACCUUUUUUGCGGUCACUGCACAGGACGGACAAAAUUGGUUCUUUAUCUGAAGCUCGUGCUAUAUUGAUGAAAGCAAGACAACUAGCCAAGAGGAUAGCCCCAAAUAUGCCUCAGCACCAUGCUUGCAUUGAGGUGAUUGAAGAUGGAAUCAUCCAUGGAGGAUAUAGUGGGGUUCUUAAGGAAGCAGAAGUUUUCAAGCAAUUAGUACUCUCAGACACUGCAAAGGCUCUUGUUCAUGUUUUCUUUGCACAGCGUGCAACAUCAAAGGUGCCUAAGGUAACUGACGUUGGAUUGAAACCUAGACCGAUGAAAAAAGUUGCAGUGAUUGGUGGAGGUCUGAUGGGUUCUGGAAUCGCUACUGCUCUUCUUCUAAGCAAUAUAAGAGUCGUGCUCAAAGAAAUCAAUUCAGAGUACCUUCUCAAGGGAAUAAAAUCAGUUGAAGCAAAUCUCAAAGGCUUGGUUUCUAGGGGAAAACUGACACAAGAUAAAGCAGGCAAGGCCUUCUCUUUGCUCAAGGGAGUACUCGAUUACACAGAGUUCAAAGACGUGGACAUGGUCAUAGAGGCAGUGAUUGAAAACAUUCAGUUGAAACAAAAGAUAUUCAAAGAAAUCGAGGAGGUCUGUCCACCAAAUUGCAUUUUGGCUAGCAACACAUCUACUAUCGACCUCAAUGUAAUCGGAGAAAAAACUAACUCGAAAGAUCGCAUUGUUGGCGCACAUUUCUUCAGCCCGGCACAUCUGAUGACCCUUCUGGAGAUUGUUCGCACAGAGAACACUUCUGCUCAGGUGAUUCUUGAUCUCAUGGCACUUGGAAAAGCCAUAAAGAAAGUCCCCGUGGUGGUUGGAAACUGCAUAGGCUUUGCAGUGAAUAGAACAUUCUUUCCGUAUUCACAAGCUGCACACAUGUUGGUCAAUCUAGGCGUUGAUUUGUUCAGAGUAGACAGCGUUAUCACCUCUUUCGGCUUGCCAUUAGGCCCUUUCCAGCUAGGUGAUUUGGCUGGACACGGGAUUGGCAUAGCAGUUAAAGACAUAUAUGCCAAGGCCUAUGGUGACCGAAUGUUCGUCUCUCCAUUGACUGAGCUUCUGCUUAAAAGCGGGAGAAAUGGGAAGAUCAACGGGAGAGGAUACUACAUUUACGAGAAGGGAAGCAAACCAAAACCUGAUUCAUCAGUGCUUUCUGUUGUUGAGGAAUCAAGGAAACUUACCAAUAUCAUGCCUGGUGGGAAGCCUAUAACAGUAACUGAUAAAGAGAUCGUUGAGAUGAUCUUGUUCCCUGUGGUUAACGAGGCCUGCCGUGUCCUAGAUGAAGGAGUUGUGAUCCGAGCCUCAGACUUGGACGUUGCUUCUGUCCUCGGAAUGAGUUUUCCUUCUUACCGCGGGGGACUUCUUUUCUGGGCAGACACGGUUGGACCGAAGUACAUAUAUGAAAGGCUGAAGAGAUUGUCGGAGACUUAUGGUGGCUUUUUCAAACCAUCAAGGUAUCUGGAGGAAAGGGCAACGAAAGGAAUGCUUUUGAGUGAACCUAAAUCGUCGAGGUCUCGACUGUGAGUGCACAAAAAAAGAGAGUUUAAGAAGAAGAGAGUUGGAACAUGUUUAAGCAGGAGAGGCUGAAAGUGUUAGUCACUAAAUGAGAAUAAAUCACUCUUAUUUCAAAGAUUUUUCUUUUAAACAGUAGAAAAGCGAAUUGUUAUGUUCUUAAUAAAAAUGUUUGUAGUGACUGACAUCGUUCUCAGAUAUGUUUACUUGUUCUGGUCAUAGAAAAUAUUGACACAUUUA